AAUAAGCAUCUUGAACUCAAACGUUAACCGCAGGUUAACCGUAGAAUCUGAAUUUUGCGAAAUGCUAUUCGAGGAUGUGCCAACGGAUGACUCUCAUGGACUCUUCGACUUCAAUGCAGGAUCGGAAGGAAGCAUAUCGCCUUCUGACUCUGGCUCAGAUGAGGAUUCGAGCGACGACCAAGAUGAUGAUAUCGAAAUCCCGAAUGACAUGGUGGUAGUUGAAAAUGAGAUAGAAGGGGAUUUUAACCGUCUGGUACAAGAUAUUCGCCAACGGAACGAUCCUUCGUUAGCCAAAGACUGGGAUAUUAAAAUUCAAGAUGAAGAACAAGCCUUCAAGGAUGAUUUGCGUGCAGCUUCGGGCGUUGGGAAGCGUCGGAAAGGAAAACCGCGUGGAUCUGGUCCUCCGUUAUCUCAGCAAGUGCGCUCCCUAAUUGGAGAUGGAAAUCAAGCGUUUGUGGAUAACGACCUACCCGAGGCUGUCAGAAUCAUGCAAGAAGUAAUUCGAAUUGAACCGCGAGCUGCAUCAGCUUGGUCCGUGCUUGCACAAUGCUACGAAGAUAUGCAGCAAAAGGAUCGUGCCCUUCAACUUCGUAUCAUGGCAGCUCAUCUCAGACACGAUGCAGAGGAGUGGGAUAGGCUGGCACACGAGUCCAGAAAUCUCGGUUUUUAUCAGCAAGCUCUGUACUGCUAUCGGAAAAUUUAUAGCUUGGAUCCGUCCAACGUGGAUGCACUUUGGGAUCGUGCGACUCUGGCAAAGGAAAUUGGAGAACUGCGAAUAGCCCGUCAAUCCUUUCUCUCGAUCCUCAAACGAUUUCCACAUGACCUCACUGUUCUCUCCGAGAUUCGCCCCAUUCUUGUUGAACUCGGCGACCUGACUACCUGUACAGCUCUGUUCCAAAAUGCGUUCGACGACUAUCAGCAACGUUUUCCCUCAGGCUCAGGUCCAAUCGCAGGAACUCCUGGAACCGAAUCAACGAGUGCAGUAGUCCUUGGAGGAGGAUUUACCAUGCUGAAUCUUCUCGUGCUAGCGGAUUUGUAUAAUACUCUUGGUGAAUACGACAAUGCUGUGCGGGUGAUCAAGAGUGGUAUCAGAUGGUUGCAAGGACGAGGGGAUCAGAGGUACUGGAAUUUGCUUGAAGACGAUAGAGAAUACGACCCCGAAGGGUUCAAUCGGGUAGCGUCAGUGGCGGCGAAUACGAUUCAUGAUUCUGCUUCUUCUUUGGCUGCUAAUGUUCCUACCGCUGGACCUAGCAAUGCGGCUGGAGGAAUAGUGGGGACAGUGGAAAUUCAAUCUGGAUACUUUCCUCUGGAUGUCAACGCUCGACAUCGUUUGGCAGUCGCUAGAAUCAAGAUGGGAGAGAUCAACGAGGGAGUAGUACACGCAAACAUUGUUUUACAGGAAGACGUUCUCGACUACGCAGUACUAUUCAUCGAAAUCGCGGAUGCGUACUACGAACGUGGGAUGUGGGCCGAGGCGAAGCCGGUAUAUGAAAUUUUGGGUACAGAUGCCAGUACCAGUAGUGUCUAUAUCCUCCUGCAAACUGCAUCGUGUCUUCGGAUGUUAGAUGAAUUGAAGGAUGCUGCUGAAAUAUACGAGCAUAUUCGUCUCGCUGAUCCAACAAACAACGACGCAAAAAUGAAGUUGGCGGAGAUUUACGAGAUUAUGAACGAACCUCGCAAAGCCUUGGACUUGGUCUACCAAGUUAUCGACGCCCGCAAACGCCGUAACAAAGAUCCGUCACAAGACAGUAAUCCUACUACCUCUAACCCGUCUACAUCCCUCUUCGCCGAAAAAAACGUUAAGUCUACCUCCUCACGCCCGACUAACCAAAAUCGGUUGACCCAAGCGCAAUUGAAAGAGUUAGAGGCAGAGAAGGAGAAAGAUGCAUUACGCAGUUACAACAGGGUAAAAGAGAUCUGGGAUGGGAUGAUCAAGGAAAGGGAGACUAGGGAGAAAGAGCUUGAGACGGGCAUUCAGGCCGCGAAGAGUCUUAUGGAGCACCAACGAGCCAAUGGAGCUGCGGCUGAAGGACCUGUGGAGAGGGAAUGGAUGCUUGAGGCAGAGAAAUUGGUAGAUACAUUCAGAGAGACAAGAAACUUGUUCACUGCUGCAAGACAUAACCCUUUCCGAGGAAUGUUUCCCAAACGUAGGAUGCGAAAGACAAAAGAUAUUUCCGACCUCGAAGCAGAUGAGGAUCGUAUGGCCUCGAGGUUACAGCUCGAUAUUCAAAUCGAACGCUCGUCUCAAAAAUUCUCCAGAACUGACCGAGUAGAUGUUUUUAGAGGCAUUUCGUUCAAGGACUGGUUACAUAUGAUAUUACAGUAUUGCUUUAUCUUAACAAAGCGCAACCAAUAUGAGCUCGCCGACGAGGUUCUCCGCCAUAUGCUCCUGUCCAACGCCUACAUGACAUCAGAAUUCCAGGUUUCUUUACGCCUGGCUAUCAUUUCCUGCGCUAUUGAAACACGCCACUACCCAGUCGUUGUCGAACAGUGCCGCAAAUUAAUAUCCUCGAACCAAUUUAACAAUGAACUCUAUCGUCUGCUUUUGGCCUCGCUUUCCAGUGGUUUGCGUCCCACCGACUCUUUCAUUACAUCUACGCUGCAGAAAUUCUUUUUUCGGGAAAUGAAGCUCAGUGAUGUUGCAGUGAAGGACCCAGAACUGCUGAAAUGGAACGUCGCUCUUAAGCGAUGGGCGCCCAUAAAUCCUUCUACCCUGUCUUCAGGUGGGAGGAAAAAUUGGGAUAAGGAUAGAGACAAAGACAAGGAUAAUGAUAAAGACGGGGCGGAUGAUUUGGGUGAAGAAGAUUCCGAUGUGGGUGGGGGUGGCACAGCGGAGAAUGAUACAGUUUCGUCCAAUGACAGACCUAUUCUGCCGACUAAGGACAACCCUCUUACGGUGGCUAUCUAUGGCCAGAUGUGCAUCGCUGCAAAAAGUUAUCAAAGUGCUAUCUUCUACCUUCUCCAUGCAUAUGACUAUUGCCCCGAAGAUCCUAUGAUUUCGCUCUCGCUUGCAAUAGCUUCGAUCGGGCGUGCGAUGCAGAGACAAUCGGAUAACCGACACUACUUAAUAGCUCAGGGUAUGGCAUUCUUGUCGAAGUACCGGACAUUGCGUUCUGUUGAUCCAGCCCGUUUGAGUGAGGUUGAAUACAAUUUUGGUAGAAUCUUUCAGCAACUCGGGCUUCAUUCACAUGCAGUUAACCAUUACGAACGUGUCUUACAAUUGUCGGGUAAUCAAGAAAAAGAGAAUCAGACGCAAACUGCUAUUGGAGAUCGGAAAAGCUUUGCAAAAGAAGCAGCGUAUAAUCUUUCGCUAAUUUAUGUUUUAACUGGUGCCAUACCGUUAGCUGAGUCGUUGUAUCGUCGAUGGCUGUCCCUCUAGUGCGCAUAAUUAUGUACAUAUAAUAGAUUCAGUAAGCACCAGCCUGCACUGUCUGUAAGUUACUUCGUAUGUGUUUGAAUGUAUGCUCGGGAUCGGGAAC